CAGGGGACUGGACUAGAUGACCUCUCAAGGUCCUUUCCAGUCCUAUGAUUCUAUGCUUCUUAUUGGUAGACACAGGCACUGUGGGUUUCCUUUCCAGGCAUUGGCUUGGAUUGGUGUUUUGUUAGCCCAUACAGGGUUUCCCUGGUGUCCUAAAAGGCCAGUAUACCUCACCAAGGGGCCAAACCAAAACCCACAGCCAGACUUUGGGAGGGGUUAGGAUCUGGAUGUAAAUCUAGUGGCUCAGACUUGUCUCUUUAAAGAAUAUAUGAAAUAGUUAAAUUUGAGCUCCAAAUAUUUGGCAGCGUUCAGGGAGUUUCUGGUAGAUGGUUAUUAUUAAAUCUGAACCAGGGCAACCCCACAUGACAGCGUCACACCCCUCUAGAUUUAAAGGACUAUUGCAAAGACCAUUUCACUAUUGUUAGUGUUUGCAGUUCAGUCAUUGCUUCGAGGAAAAAUCUGUUGAUACGUCAGGUUAUGCUAAAUAAGCAAGAGUUCUGUAUUGGCCUGAAGCUGUUUGCAAUGCACCAUUUGCAUGCCACUUUCAAGCAGGGACAUUAUUGCUACCUUUUAAAUCCAAAAAAGGGAACUGAUAUAUUUGCAAACACACAGAUACUCAGGAUGUGGCUGCUGUUUCCUAUCACAAACACGUGAUCUGAGUUGGUUGUUGUUUUUCCACACUGCAAAAGAAAGAAAUCCAGCAAGUUUAGGUGAAAUUGUUGGGUCACUGAAAGGUACAAUGAUCUUCCUGACAAGCUGGAUUCCUGUCCUAACUACGUUUCUGCUUCUCUUAUAUUUCUGGAGAGCAAAGGUCUCUGCCUCUGGAACAUCUGAGGAGGAGGCAAUAGACCCCAAGUAUGUUAUCAUAGGAGUUACCCUGGGAGUCUUCCUAGCAAUUGGUUUUUUAGCACUAAAGAUCUGCAUGAUCAAAAGGCAAUUGACUGACAAUGACUUUGUAGAUUCAGACAACAGAGUGGAUAAAAGGUCACACGUGGAAUCCGCUGCGAUAAGAGAAGAAGUCAAUUUAUAAGAACAGCAAAAUACAACGGACCUCUAGCCAUUUUGGAAUGGGGUACAUUCAGACUGGACAUUUAACUACUGCUGUACCUGAUCUCUGCAUCAAUGAAAGACCUUUGUCCACAGGGCUGUCUCACCAGCCCCAAAUUCAAUUUUUUGAAAAAGUGAACCGAGUAACUGAUUACAGGAAAGGCUUUAUAGUGUGCAAACAACCUACAGUUAUCUCUGCACUUAACAAGCAGGUGCCUGGGGUGGCCAAGGGAGGGGGCGGCACCUGCGGCAAUUCGGGGGAGGCAGGUCCCUCACUCCCUCUAGGAGCGAAGGACCUGCCGCUGAACUGCCGCUGCUGAUCGUGACUUUUUUUUUUUCCAAUUGCCGCCGCCGAUCGUGACUUUUUUUUUUUUGCUUGGGGCAGCAGAAAUGCUGGAGCCGGCCCUGGCACUCAAAAAACAUUGUGCACUCAUAUCGUGUGCCUGAAGGGAAUGCAUGAUAGAAAUACACAUGAGAUGGGCUUUGUUCAUUAACAGGUCCUGUUUGGGCUAUGAUAAAUAUAUGAUUUUUUUUAAAUGAAUGGAAUCAAAGGUGCCCCAAAACUAGAGAUGGGUUCAAGCAAUACUGUUCAUCUGCAUUGACAUUGCAAGCACCUCAGAAAUGGGGCUGAAGGGAGAGAAAAUGGCAAGAGGGGUUGCUCAGCCCAUUGCAAAUAUAGGGGCCAUUUGCAAAAUGUGGAGUAAGGUUUAGUUUUUGAACACCAGCAUGAUGCAAAAGCUACGGGUGUUCUGAUCUGGGACCUCAAUUCUGUACCUGAACUAGAAGUAAUGGUAGAGAAAGGGGAUUAGUCAUGUUCUUUCUUUAUUAUAUGUUAAGUGCCCUUGUUUUCAUUUUUUAUUUUAUUUAUUUUUUCCUGGGAAUUUAUCAGUGUUUAUUACCACAACAACAAAAGGAGGUGAAAAUCAGUGCAAAAAACUAUUAAUAAUUUUUCUGGGUAAAUAUUGGGGUCUAUUUUGGUAGACAGAAAGAUGAGGGGAGGAAAGUAUUCAGUAGAUUAAUGCUUUGAAUUCCGAUCAUCAAUGCGGUUUGCUGCAGAACUAAAACAAGAACUCAAAACACAAUGCCACAGUGUUUAAGAAAACAAUAUAUCCCUAAUCCCCAAAUAAAACUUUUCAUUUGAAUAAACAGUU